AUGGAGUCAGUCGGCAGUGUUGAGCGCUCUGAAGUUGAGACAGUCCAAAAAUCUUACUCCUACCAGUCCAUAGUUGGCAUACCUGCAGCGAAAGGUGCGUGUAUGAUGGAUACAAACCCUAACGUGUUAGGGCUGGAGGACCAGCAUAGAACUGCUUCCUCCAGUUCCUCUGGCUGUAGGGAGACAAGUCAGGCUGCAGUGACCUCAGGAUCCAGAGUCAGUGGAGAGCAGCAUCCUCAGAAACCCAGCAAACAGCGCUCCCAACAGGGCUUCAGUGUACUACAGAAACUGUCUGCUGAAGAACGGAGGAUCACGAAUGAAUGUCUACAUGGUGUGAUUAGUUUGGAGGACCUGAGUCACGCAUCGGAUGGCAUCAUCGACUGGGUGGUGACCGUCACCACUGAAGUUCUCCUCCCUGCCAUCUCCCAGUGCAAAGCUCUGAGAAGCAGAUCCUCCUCCAGCACUAAACAGGAUCCACAGAGAAGGUCCCCAUCAGAGGCCACGCUGCUACAGGCCCCAUCAAUAUCAACAUCAUCAUCAACACCUCCACACUCUGGUGCCUCCCCAGUGAGACUGAGAAUCAUCCCCAAAAUGUCCAGCUUCCUUACAGGCCAGGGUGACGCUACCGGUCGCCUUCUGGGGGAACGGCCCCUUGGAUCCCUGUUAGGUGGAGAGGUGAGGACAGAUGCUGAGUUAGAACACAAGGCCAGCAGGGUGGUGGCUGUGGUUCUACAAGGGGUCUGGACUAUGACAUCAGUAGACACUAGCGACCCUGAGAUGGGGGCUCUUCUCUCAGGCAUUCUCAAGAACAUCCCCAUGGUGUUGAAUCCUGCUGCAGCUGCAGAUAGAGAAAGCUCUGACAGUCAGAGUCCCUUGGAGACAGUUGACAUUGGGCAGAGAAUCAACCCAGGGUUUUUCCUCUCAGACGAGCACAUCAGCGGUAUUUGCUCAGACACGGUGACCAGCGCAUGCAGCAACGCCAGGUUCUCUGUAUUGGAGGACAAGUCUCUAGGCUUCACUGAUGACAGAACCCUGGCUCCUCCAUCACCGCUUUGUCAGAAGUCCCAGUGUUGCCUGACUGCUGGAGAAGAGACAGGCAGGGCUCCCUCUCUCUCUGAGCAGCACAGCACCACCUCCCUACAGGAAAGACAGUCAUGUUCCUCACACUGCAGCCAGACAUCAGGGCAGAGUGCUGCCUCCCUCUCUGGUAGUCAGAGUCCAGACGAGCUCCUCACCCCUGAGGUGAAGCAGAGGAUUAUCAUGGCUGUGGAGGAGAUCAUCACAGAGGGCGGUGAGGACGAAGCCUCUGGAUCCACAGAGCUGUGUGAAGCUGUGUCACCAGGCUCUCGCCGCUUCACUCCCACUACCAGCCUGGCAGCCAGCAACAUUGUGUCUGUUGUUCUGCACGGCCUAAAGGACACCAUCGGUGCGGUUCAGUCCAAAGAGGUCACCAGGUCAGAGUUGGAAAAGACAAUCAGCCAAAGCCUGGUCAACUCUGUGAUGGUGAUCCUGAAGAGUCGGUUGAUGCUGGAUGCUCAGGUUCCUGUGGUGCAGGGGGACAACUCCACCCUGAAGACCUCAGAGCAGAUCCCACAUGGAACCAUGGAGACCCCAGAGCUGAUCCCAUCUGUAACCAUGGAGACCUCAGAGCUGAUCCCAGACAGAACCAUAGAGCCUCCAGGAUGUUCCUCAGACAUAGCUGUGGAUAAGAACCACAUCUCCUCCAAGUUCAGAAGGUCCACCUCAUUCAGGGAGGCUCUCAGUAUCAGUGCUCCCAUGCGUGCCUUCCUGGACUCCAAGGACCUAGAGGUUCCUUCGCAGCCCCAACACUCUGCCGCUUCUCUGAGAACUGAUCUCGCAUCGUGGUGCGACCGAUCCUGA